AUGGUCCUCAGGGAUUUCUUCAGCGGAAUGGUGUGUUUAGCACAGAACACUGUCGGGAUCCUGGGCAAUUUCUCUGUCCUUUGCUACCACACGUUCUUUCACGACUCCAAACACAAGUUCAGGCCUACGGACUUGAUUCUCAAGCAGCUGAUGAUGGCCAAUUGCCUGUUGCUUCUUUCUACCGGAGUUCCCCAUAUGACGACAGCUUUCGGGUUCAAACAUCUCUUCAUUGACCUCACAUGCAAACUCACUUUGUAUGUUCAGAGAGUGGGCAGGAGUGUAUCCGUGAGCAGCAUCUGCCUCUUGAGUGUCUUCCAGGCCACCACGAUCAGCCCGCUAAGCUCCCGCGGGAAGGAUCUCAAAGUGAGAGCCACAAAGCACCUUGGGUUCUUCAUUUCCCUCUGCUGGGCGCUGUGCAUGGUGACCAGCCUGGUUUUUUCUUUGUUUGACUCCAACACAUGGAAUAGCAAAAACGUGACAAAGAAAACGUUCCUGGCACUGUGUUCUGUGGAACAGAACCGAGUGUCCGGCUCGUUGUACGUGGCACUGAUUGUGUUCCCUGAAGUCGUGUUCUCUGUGCUCAUUAUCUGGUCCAGUGGCUCCAUGAUGCUCAUUCUGUAUAGGCACAAGCAGCAGGUGCGACACCUACAUGAAUCUCGGCUGUCUCCGGGCUCCUCCCGGGAAGUCCGAGCCACGCAAAGCAUCCUCGCCCUGGUGUGUAUCUUUGUGUGCUCCUACACGCUCUCCUGCGUCCUCAACGCAUACCAAGCCAUCUUAGAUGAUCUUAGCUGGUGGCUGGUAAGCAUCAAUGAACUGAAUACUGGGGUUUUCCCCACUGUUAGCCCCUUUAUCUUCAUGAGCCGUGACUGCCGUGUGUCUAGAUUCUGCUUUCAUUGCGUUAAGAACACAAAACUCCAUGUCAGAAAGCCACAAGUUGAAUUCAUCUCUCCUCACCUGUUACCAUCCAAAUAGAUAUUUAUG